ACUUGCUACUUGUAUACAUGGUCAAAGUUUUGAAGAAACAGUGCCAUGUAUAAUUAUCUUCGAGGCUCGCCGUUUUAUUCGCGAUACAGUGGAUUAUAUUAAAGAUUUGCGGGUGGUGACUCGUAAAGGAUUGAGUGAAACAAGAACCAUCUCCAACGACAACAGUGAUUUAUUUACCUCGUAUGUGCACCCGGAAGUGGUGUAAUAGUUAAUGGCUCUGUGCUUAGUUUGUGAGUUUGUUUGAAGCGGGACUGUGUGUGUUUUAGCAUUAAUGGAAAGUUGACCGCUCGGGAAUGGAAGAUGAGUCUUCCGUGCGUGUGAAUGUCACCGCGCAAAAUAUGCCCGGCUAUACCGGACGCGACGGGGAUUCUGUCCAUGUAUCCAGCGAGUCUCGGAGCACAGAUUUCGGCCGGGAUGUCUGUAGCCGCAGCAGCAGCUGCAGCAGGUCGAAUGUGCCAUCAUCAUCGUCAUCAUUAUCAUCGAAGGAUGUUUUGGAAUUUCAUAAACACAAACACGAGCCAAAAAGGAUUAAUAACGAAAAUAGGGAAACCAUACGAGCCGUGGAUAUUUUGAGAAGGAAUUUUGGAUCCUCUGUCAGUGAUCCAAAAGAUCCCUUGGAGAAAGUAGAAAAAGGAUUUGAGAUCAAACUGGGUGACUUGGAUCAUGAUGAAAGAGCAGAAAGUCCCAAGCAAUACAUGGAGAGCAACUCAGAAUUGGGAGAAGCUGAACUGUCUGAUCCUGGUGGGAAUCUUAAUAUUGAUUUCAAGAGAGCUGAAGAUCUCAGCCAAUCAAAAGAGCAUGUUUACUGCACUGUGUACUGUAUUGCCAAUGAUAAUUAUAGGAUACCAGCCGAGAAAACAUCUGAUAACGAGACUACAUCACCCUCACUAUCGUCAUCAUCUUCAGAUGUGUUGGUUUUACCCCCCACUGACACUCAAAAUCAGUCAGAAUUGGACCAUGAUCCCUACCCAGAGUCAUAUACAGUCAACGACCUCAUGGUGUCUGGGAUAAGCAGCUUUUAUAAUACUGACAACAGUUCAUCUGUUGUGUUAACAUGUCGAAUUUGCCUCGAUUACAAACAUAUUAUGCCGCUACACUGUUGCAAAAUGGCAGUUUGUGAGGAAUGCCUGAAAAGAUACAUCAACUCUCAGAUUCAAGUGGGCCGGGCACACUUGGUAUGUCCCAUCCCAGAGUGCAGUGGUUAUUUGGAGGAAAGCUUGGUGAUUUCACAUCUAACCAGUGAGGAUCUGGCAAGAUACAAGUACUUCCUGGAGCUCAGCAGACUGGACACCAGCACUAAACCCUGCCCUCAGUGCAGUCUGUUUACGUCACUGAAGGGACACGGCCAACAGACAUCCAUCAAGACUGAACACAAGUAUAAGAUUCAGUGCACAAGCUGCCAGUUUGUCUGGUGUUUUAAAUGCCACGCGCCCUGGCACGAAGGCCUGAAGUGUCGAGACUACAGGAAAGGAGACAAGCAGUUGCGUCACUGGGCCAGCGUCAUUGAACAUGGCCAGAGGAACGCUCAGAAGUGCCCACGCUGCAAGAUCCACAUUCAGAGAACUGAGGGUUGUGAUCACAUGACCUGCGCGCAGUGUAACACCAACUUUUGUUACCGUUGCGGGGAGAAAUACAGGCACCUGCGCUUCUUUGGGGACCACACCUCCAACCUGAGUGUGUUUGGCUGCAAGUACCGCUACCUGCCUGAGAAACCCCACCUGCGCCGGCUGGUCCGAGGCUCUGUUUGUAUGAGUAAAGUGCUGGUGGCUCCAGUGGCCAUUGUCCUUGUUGUGAUCGUUGGCGCUCUGGCACUGGUCAUAGGCCUGUUUGCUUUGCCAGUCUACUACAUCUGUAAGAGGAGGAAGCGCUCAGAGGGGUCGGGACGCUGGAUGUGCUGAAUCAGACUCUGUCAUCCUGCUCAGGACCUGGACACACAAACGCACCACAAAAAUAGGAUACUUGCCACCUAGAUGCAACGGUCACAAUGUGAGGUUUUCCUGUUAACUGCACCUUGUGAAUAUCCUCAAUUGCACAGCAAACCUCUCCUACACAAAUAUCUGGGGAUAAACAUGGUGUCUUUGGCAUUAUGAUCAAAGACUUAAUGGGGAGAUUCUGUUUUGGAAUAUUUUAUUUAUUACCCCAAAACUGAUUUGAAUUUGAUUCCAUUUAAAAAAAAUGGAACCAUAGACUCUAUAUGCUCUGUUCCAAACCCUAGUGUGUGUGUGUGUGUGUGUGUGUGUGUGUGUGUGUGUGUGUGUGUGUGUGUGUGUGUGUGUGUGUGUGUGUGUGUGUGUGUGUGUGUUUUGUUUUUUUAGUUAGGUAGGACUUAGAAGGCAGCUGGAUUUGUAGGUAGCAAUCAAUGAAGCAGCUCACUAGGUUCUGAAACAGAGCUUAUAAUACUGGAGGAUGUGUUAUGUAAUGGAGCCACACUUCAUUAAUUUUUGUCCUUUUUAAUCUAUUUAUGACAUGCAUAAAAUGUUAUAAUCUGCAAGCAUUUAGUGCCCCAUGGUGGUGAGUCGAUUAUGAUGAUGAAUUACUGUCUGUCCCUCUCUACCCCCCUUCAUCUGUGUGCUGUGCCAACAUCCGCAAGAAUUUGCAUGAUCAACAAAACACGUUUCUGUCUGCUGCUCUGUUGAAAACAAAAGGCACAGAAUUACACCGUAGCUCCAUGUCAAGAUACAGGCUGUCAUGAAAAUCAAUGCUGUGUCAUGUAUUCAAGCCCUCUCUUUUAUCUGGACUAAUAGACACCAUCAAAACUAAAGCUGUAAACUAAACACAAAAUAUAUUAAUGUGCUGCAUAGUGCAUGCGUUGAUCCUGAAAGAACUGUUGUUAGCCAGUUUUUAGGGUUUUUUUCACAUCUUUUGUUCUUUUUGUUCUAUAUAUUGUUUCCCUAAUUUUAGGUCCAUAGGAUGGACACUUUGACAUUCAUUGCACACAAUUUGCACACAUAGAUAUAGCCACUGGGCGGCACCUUAUUCACACUGCAAAAAUCAUUUUCUUAAUCUGUAUUUUUGUCUUGUUUUCCAGUAAAAAUAUCUAAACAUGCUUAAAACUAAAUGUAUUUAUUGAGAUAUUAAGACUUGUUUUCAGAGAAUAUAUCUUGAAUGUUUAUUUUUCUUACCCCAUUGGUAAUUUAUUUUAAGCUUAUUUUAUGUUUUAAGAAUAAAUCUAACAUAUUCUAAUGAGGUUUGUGUUUUAAACAUUGAUAAAAACUUAUUUGCCCAUGGGGUUAGAAAAAAAUAUUAAAACAUUAUUCAAACAGGUCUUAUUUAUCUUCUUAAUAAAACAUUGCUUCUUAAUUUAAAUUGUUUGAGGAUGUUAUUUUUUACUGGAAAUUCAAUACAAAAAUACUGAUUAAGAAAAUCAUUGUUUUGCAGUGCAUUUAGUGGCAUGUUGAUCUAAUCUGCCACCAUGCCCGAGACAUCAUUGCCCAAUAGGCAUCCCUGCCGUAAUAUUGCACAGUGUUAUAGAUUCAUAUCCACUGUAUUCCAUUGCCAUGUGUUGUGUUUGAAAUCCCAUUUUGUUACAAAAACCAACAACUGUUGCAUGCCAACACUUAUAGGAUGGUGAAGUACAACCUUGACCAUUUUAAAUAUAUUCACUUUACUAAAGUACAUGAAAUGAAAUGUAAACAAAAGGCAACCCUUAAAGGUAUAGUUCACCCAAAAAUGAAAAUUCUCUCAACAUUUACUCACCGUCAUGCCAUCCCAGAUGUGUAUGAAUUUCUUUCUUCUGCUGAACACGAAUGAAGAUUUUUUGCAGAAGAAUAUCUCAGCUCUGUGGGUCCAUAAUAUGCAAUUUAAUGGUGACCAGAACUUUGAAGGUCCAAAAAUCAUAUAAAAGUAGCAAUAAUACAAAAAUUUAACCACUGAAAUCCAUAAGAUUUCAGUGGUUAAAUCCUUAUCGAUAUGACAGGUGAGGGUGAGAAAUAGAUAAAUAUGUAAGUCCUUUUUUACUAUAAAUCUCUUCUUUUGUUUUUGGCUCUUCACAUUCUUUGUGUAUAUUGCCACCUACUGGGCAGGGAGGAGAAUUUAUAGGAAAAAGUAUCUGUUUCUCACCCACUCCUAUCAAAUGGGUUCUGAAAAUAUGGAUUUAACCACUGGAGUUGUAUGGAUUAUGUUUUUGCUGCCUUUAUGUCCUUUUUGGACCUUCAAAAUUCUGGACCCCAUUUACUUGCAUUGUAUGGAACUACAGAACUGAGAUAUUCUUCUAAAAGUCUUUGUUUGUGUUCUGCAGAAGACAGAAUAUCAUACACGUUUGGGAUGGCAUGAGGGUGAGUAAAUGAUGAGAGAAUUUUCAUUUUUGGGUGAACUAUCACUUUAAGCUCAAUUUUCAAUUAAACAUAUAUGCCAUGUUGAUUUGAAUUAAGAUAGACAUUAAUUCUCCAACAAAGGCUGGUCUGGAGGAAAGACAGGAAGCACAGGGAAAAGCACUGCCAGAAAGGUAGAAGACAUAACAAUGCAAGCUGUCUGGAACAUCAGGAAUAUGAGUAUUAAAGCAUAGAGUAACUUCUAAUCUGACUGGUCGAAUACUCAUUUGGGACAUACACUGGAAAAAAAAAAAAAUCUUAAUCAGUACUUUUGUAUACAUUGACCAGUUAAUGUAUCUAAAAGUCCUUAAAACAAAUGUACUUGACAAGCAAAAUUGCAAAAGAUAAGAAGUUAUUUUCAUUGAAGAUAUCUUAAAUUAAGUGUAUUUUCUUACCACAGUGUUAUUUUAA